UGCGCAUCUGUGAUGGUGAUGGUGGUGUACAGUUGGAGGCUGGUGGUCAACAGCAGGCACCCUCACCAUCUCCAGGAGGUCUAUUAUGGUGUGCAGAUCUCCUACAUGUCGACGGUGUGUACACACAUUACCCUCAUUGUCCUCAGCAGCCUACUCGUCGCAGGUAUAUGCAAGGAGCGGUGUGGCUUAGUGACGCCGUGGGUGGUGGCCAACAUCACCUUCAUGGCCCUGGAGGCCGUCUGCUGCAUGUACUCCAACGUCCUCAGAGACCACAUCAACAAGAGGUUCGACACCAUAUGCAAAGCAGAAAUGGCGUUCUUUGUCACUAGACUGUUUUUAAAUAUCCUGGCGCUGUGGGGAGUGAUGAGAUUCUACAGAAACAUCCGGGCGGGCAUCACCUACAAGGAUCCUGAGGCAAUAGAAUUAUAGAAGCCGCGGCGCCUGUCCUAUCUUGGACAAGGGAUAAUCUUGGUUUGACGAUGGAGAUCUGAAGGGACUAUGGAGGGUGUGGGAUCAUGUGGUGUAGCUACACCUUCCACCUCCCUUAUGUUGGUCCACACCAUGUAGUGAACCCGUACACCCUCGUGUCAGCAUGGGAACGGUGGUGUCUUGUGACACCACCGUUCGAGGCGAGAAACAAUGGGCAGAGUUUCUUUCAUCCUAUGCCCCUGUUACCUGGCAGUAAAAUAGGUACCUGGGUGUUAGUCAACUGUCACGGGCUGCUUCCUGGGGGUGGAGGCCUGGUCGAGGACCGGGCCGCGGGGACACUAAAAGCCCCGAAAUCAUCUCAAGAAGAUUGUGGUGGUACUGCAACACCACCUGCUUGUCUGAGGCUCAGUGUGGAGACAUACACUUGAAGACCUGCUGGUGCAAGAUAUCCGUACCAGAAGUGUGCAUACCCAUAAGUGUACAUACCCUAAGUGUACAUAACUGUAAGUGUACAUAACCCCUAAGUGUACGUACCUGUAAGUGUUGCGGCAGACGUGUAAUGUCGUGUUACUUGAGAACAGAUGGCCAGAUGGCCCGAACACUCCGCCAUAGUGACAUCGCUGGAGGAUGGAGCACAUCGUUACCUGUACAGUAAACAAGACAAUGAUCUGUAAGGCUGGCCCAAAAGUUACUCUACCCACAUUACCAGGUCUCGGUCAAGUAAUCGCCGAUCUAUUAAAUACGCAAUAACCGCAUAUGAAAUCAGAAAUAAUGGUUGGAGUCCUUUCGACCACCCCGGGUAGUUGUUAGCUUGACUAACAUAGGCACAGAAGACACAUGAUUUUAUUUACAAAGUUCCAGUGAACUUCUGGGCACUAUUCCUUCCCCCCGUCCCAUCCCAAAUCCUUAUCCUGGCCCUUUCCCAGUGCUAUAUAGACGUAAUGGCUUGGCGCUUUUCCUGAUAAUUCAAUUUAAUUCAAUUCUCUUCAGUGUCAAUGUUAGUUAAUCUUUGACAAUGAUCUGGCGAGGUCAAAAGGGCUCCAGCC